AUGACAAGUGAGGAAGAGAGUUUUCUUGUCUUAGUGCACUGCUCUGAAAAAAUUCAAAGAAGUAAAAAAUAUGGUGUGAAGUUCACUGAUAGAGAGUCAUUGAGUGUAUUUAUCAGUUCAUCAAGCACUUUGUCAGUUGUAAAGAACAGUAUCUUGCAGAAGUUUGGGGUAUUUGGGAGCAAGUGGGUGAAGAAGCUAUUCUAUAAGAUUCCCAUCGAUGUAGUGUCGACUGGUGUUAAGUAUGAUACGUUUAUGAUAGCGGCCGAUAAAGAUAUUUUGGUUCUGUUUCAUUGUGUUAGGAGUUUUCCAGAGGUCAGAAUACAUGAGCUAUAUGCGAAGUUGGAGGUUAGUUUCGAUAGUUCUGGGGCAUCAGCUCCGGUUCAUAGCUCGAUUGCCGUGGGCGGUGCGUCUAAUUCGAUGCCUGCGGCCGCACCAAAUGUUCCGCAGGUUGCAUCCCCUUCCUUUACGGCUGAUUUAGAUCGAAUGGAGGCAGUUGCUUCUGUGCCGUUCGAGAAUCAUAGGGUCUGGCAGCAGACAUUUGAGGUGGAUAUUGGUCGUGACAUAAUUCACGAUGUUCAAGGGUUCGGGGAACCUGAUCGAGUUGAGAAUGCAAUGCGGGACGAUGACUCUGACCAGGAGCCUGUAGAUAUCAUUGGAGACAGCGAUGAUGACACAAGUGCCAAUCCACAUACACAGCAUGGCCCUACAAGUUCUGGCACACAGCAGUACCCUCCGCACUUCUCCACUCUAAACUUGGAGGUUUUGGGUCAACAGGCAGACGGAGGUGCUACUAUUGGGGAUUCUUCUACAAAGUUUCAAAUUGGGCAAUCAUUCCAAAAUAAAGAUGAAUCUGUUUUGAGUGUGAAGGACUAUAGCAUCCGUCGAGGUGUUGACUACAGAGUUAUUUUCUGUUUUAUCUCACAUAGCGAUCACGCAAUCUAUCCAAACAAAAGCAUGCAGACACCAUUCUUUGAUCCCCUGCAUCGGUUGUCGGCAGAUAUAUUGCCCACCUACAAGUUUCAUUGUGAGCAUUUCAUUAGGAACGAUACACAUGAAAUUGAACAUGUUAUCCACACAAAACAAUAA